GCGUCCUGGGGCCUCCUGGGAGCCUUCUGGGAAUUUCCUGGGGACCCCUCGGGCCUGUCCUGGGCGUCCUGCGGCCUCCUGGAACUCUCUGGCGCCUCCUGGGGCUCCCAGGGUCCCAGGGAGGAUAUGUAACAUGUGGUCUUCUGGGCCCCCAGGCUGGACCACCUCUUCCUCGGCAUCUGGGAGCUCAAAGUUGCGAGAAUGUCUUGUGCGAAACAAGCAGGACCACCUUGCGCACGGCAUCUCAGACCGGAGUUAGCUUCUAUCACAACAGCACACCGUUCAGCAAGCUGUUUGGGGAAACAUCGGCGCCUGUGGCGGGCUCGUUUUAUAGCUUGAAAAAUUAUGCGCCUGCGGCAGGCUUCUUCAGAGCCUCGCAGACAGCCGACGCACCCGCCGCCCCCUCACUCUUAUCCGCAACUGCGGGGUGCUACUGUAUUUUUCUUUGCACCCCCAGAGGUCGAGCUUGGCGACGCGGGGAUGAAAGAGUGGUGCGACUGGAUGGGCCGCCGCCUUGCCGCCGAAGGCGGUGGCGAGAGCGCGGGCGCGCGCAGUGGCAGGGUGCGCUUCAAGGCCAGCACGAUCGACUUCUCUGAGAACAAGCUCAGCGCCAACGGCACCAAGGCGGUCUGCAAUAUGCUCGAGAAGUACGGCGUGCGCUGCGACGUGCUCAGACUGACAGGAAACAACAUCGGCAACGAGGGCGCGAGGUGUAUAGCUAGAUACCUCAUGGGCUCGAGCCAGGCGCCCGCGCUGGAGCUACAUCUCUCCCGCAACAGGGUCACCAUGGACGGCGUCAAGUGGCUGCUGGGCUGUCUUGCCCUGCACCCGGCGUACCCGGUGUGGAACAGCGAUUCCCAACGCUUCGUGCCGUUGUGGCUCAAGGUCGAGAACGACAAGACCAAGGGGGCCUCGGGCUACAAGGCGCUGAAGUCAGCGUGCAAGCAGCUGUCUUGCUCGGUGUGCCUCGGGGAGACCAGCGGUGCGGCGAAGUGCGGACCACGGCAGUGCGUGAACGGCGGCUGCUGCGACGAUCUCAAGCACAGCUGCGUCGCCCACCUGUGCGGCUGGGACAGGUCCGCCGCCUCAGAGCCGCUGCCUGCUCCGGGGGCGCACGCCCGGCCCAUGUUCGACAAGCCGGGGCGCGGCGCGGUCAAGGCCCCGCCGUCCAACGCCGAGGCGCCGCUCCGCGAUGAGCCUCGCCUGCUCUACGAGGACGCGGACCUGGCGGUGGUGCUGAAGCCGCCCGGCUGGUCGUGCCUGUCGCAGCCCACGGGGCUCGACCCCAGGUGGGCGAAGUUGUCUGGGUUGGCCAGGAGAGCCAAGGUGGGCGACCUGAUGUGCGACGCCGUUGUGCCGGCCCUCCAGGCGUGGCUCUUGCUGCGGUUCGGCGCCGACCCCACCUGCGACGCCGCGCGCGACCAGGCGAGCGACCGGGGGAUGGCCCACCGGCUCGACGUGGACGUGUCGGGGCCCCUCCUGGUGGGGAAGACUCUCCGAGGCUACGAGCAUGCCAAACGACAGAUCGUGCUCGGUGUGCUGAAGGACUAUGUCGCCCUCGUUCACGGCACCUUCUCCACGGACCGCGGGGAGUGCACUGCCCCGAUCGACUCCAGCAGGUAUGAGUCGGAGAAGCGCGUCAGGGUGAGCGCGGAGGGCCAGCCCGCCAUCACCGUCUGGGAGGUCGUCGCCGAGUACGAGUGCCCAGAGACCCAGGAGGCGUACUCCCUCGUGCACUGCCGGAUGGUAACCCUGAAGACGCACCAGAUCCGGGCCCACAUGCACCACCUGGGCAACCCGGUCGUGGGCGACCCCGUCUACGGCGAGGGAGGGCCCCCCGAGUGGUGCCCCCGGCUUUUCGUCCACAAGCUGCGCCUCGGGUUCUUCGGCGUCGAGGGCGAGGCCAGAUUCGAGACGUGCUCGCUCCAGACCGCCCCGGACCUCUGGUCCGCCCUCGGCGGCCUGCGGAAGGUCGGAGGCAUGGCCGCCAAGGGCUGCGGCGCGCCUGGGCUGUGAGGGAGCGCGCGCCAGUGCCGGCGCCUGGGGGGCGGGCUGCCGCCGACGGGCGCACGGUCCCCCCCGCGGCGAAGACGGCGUCGCGCUGUCGCCGGAGUGGGCGGGGGGGGUAGGCGAGAGCGAGGGGGGGAGGAGUCAGAGGAGGAGAGCGUACCGAUAGCUGCAGCCACCGUUCCCUCGCUGUCGCCUCUUCGGGGUCUACUUGAAGGCCCUCGUCGCCACCGCUGGAGUCGCCUCGAAAUCUUGGUCAGAAUGCGCCCCAGGAGAGAGGUCCGAGGAGUGGCGGCGGUAUCGGGCAUCGGUAACUUCUGGUAUCC